AUGGUGUGGGUUCCCGCGAGGGCCAUAGCAGGCGCUGCCUUGCUUACGGCCAGUACGCUGGAGAAGUCUUUUAAUUCCACUACCACCACAACCCCGUUCCCGGCGAUAGAGGAACCGAGUGAAGUCCCUGACCUUUGGGGGGUCCGAGGACUGAUUUCGGUCCCGGACCUGUCCUGGCUACCCUUCGUGGGAGCAUGGAUGGAGGCCGAGGAACCAGAGCUUAUCGGUACCACUUCUACACCGGAGGAACCUAGCGGUUGGGAAAGCUGGAAAGCGUUUCUCUGGGACCUUAUGGUCCAGAGAGUCCUUCCGAUAUGGGACCUCUGCAAGGUGUAUGCACAGCAAUAUUGUGGCCCGUUAUGCUCAUCAAUCUUAUUUGCGGUUCGCUGGACGUACUGGCUCAUGGUCGGAAUAGUUGGGGUAUUCCUGCUGCAGCUGGGUGUCUGGACGUACACCUGGGUUGUCUUCCCAAUCGUUGUGCACUCUAGAGCAUUGGUCCGGUACUUCCGGGGAGACGCGCCCUGGAGUGAGGUCUCGCGACUUUUGGGAGAAAGGCCAUUCAGGCCUAACUGGAAAGGUCCAUGUGCUGGAGAACCGUGGUCCGUUGCAUACGUGCAAUCAGAGGUUAGAGGCAGGGGCCUCAAUCGUCUACCGCACGAUCUCCUGAUUACGGAUGGUACAGCGAUUGCCAGACUCCGCCACGGGACCGUACGGGGCCGGACCAACCGGCACGGCUUCAUUUGCGCGUGCGAUGAGGUUAAGGCCUCAUCCCACCGGUACUUCCGGAACCUUAUCGAAGCCUCAGAGUGUCGGAUCCACCUGUGCGCCCAUCAGCCAUGUACCGCGGAAGGAGAACCGGCAAUUCACGUGGGCACCAGCGCGGUGGUACCACAAGUCCAGGAGCUGGACCUUCAGGAUUUGGCCGGCAGGGGACCUUGGGCCCGGAGCCCGAGGCGCGGUUCGCGCCCAGGCGCCGAGGGAGCAGGCCCCAGGCAUGAAGGCUCAGAGACCGAGUCCGAAGCAGAGGAAGGAAACACAUGUCAGGCUGAUCAGGUGGGCAUGGACCUCGGUACUCCCAAUGCCAAGCCCUUGGCGACGGAACCCUGUAGGGACUUAGCCCGACAUCAGCCAGAGCCCCUCCUGAAGGCAGAUGAGAUUGUCAGUUGCCAGGAAGGCCUCAAGAAGCUCAUAGAUGGCACUCACGCGGUCGCCCUUUGCGACUAUCACCGGGCCAUCUAUCAAGCGUCCCUGAAAGGAAGAACCUGCUCAGUAGAGGGGUGCCUGCAAACGCCAUACCACACCAAGGGUGGAGUCAAGCUCUGCAGGCUCCAUGGAGCCAAGGAGGAGCGGAAGCCUAAGACUUCGCCUGAGCCUAAGCCAGUGGAUCCUUCCGUAACUUCCGGGGUUCAACUUCCCCAGGAAAGUGAUAGCGGGCCUGCCCCGCCCUCGAUUCUUCUGCCUAAUGCCUCCCAACUCCUCCCGGGAGUUGUCCAGAGGAUGGUGUCAGGAGAGACUCUGGAUGAGGCCCUCGAUGGUGCUUAUCGAGACCACUCAGCUGUCCCUCUCACUGGGAGUCGAGCCCUCCAAACCCUCGAAGACCUCAGGGUCGAAGCUAGAAGGUGUCUGGACGGCUCUCAGCCGGGCAGCAACCCGGAUGUGCUGCAAGUCUUACGGCUGAUUUGCGGCGACUCUCAGGCUUUACCGGAUCGAACACCGGACAUGAAGCAGCUGCUUCAGAUGCCUCACAACGCGUACAGUUCCGACGGUAAAGGGAAUGUUCCGUGGGGUGUUUCACCCCCGGAACCUGACCCCGCAGGACCAAGAGACCCAGGAGAUGAAGUCCCGAGGACCGUGGCGUUCACGGAUUUUUCCAGGGCAACCCCGCCCGGACCUGGCAGCUCUUCCUCUUUAGCCCCGGCCUUCCUCCAAACCCCUGCCCUUCCCGCCGCACGGUACGGCGGCCCGUUUCCCCUGGGACCCGUCCCAGGAGCGGGAACGCCUGACAAUGCAAUGGGAGUUGAAGGGGAUUUGGUGCAGGGCUUGAUGAGGCGCAAGCAGGCUUCACCCGCUUCGACCGCCGUCCGUCCACCCGAUUGGUACCGAGCUGGUGCGUACACCGCUCCUCCACCGGCCUUUGCAGACGAAGCAACCAAGGCGUUGCAGGCCAUUGCCAAAGCGGUUACCUCCAAAGAUGAAGCCGCUUCGCAAGAGCGGGGAAAGCUCUCCUCCAUUGGGAAGGUAGAAGAGAGAUGCUUGUAUUUGGUUCGAGGCUGCGACUCUCUCACGGUCCCCCUAGGGGAAGCAACCGUGGGCAAGGAACUUUUCCACGCCCUUCGGAACACCGCUACCCAGGACCGCCCGUUGCUGAGAAGUCUUAAAUUCCCCAUUAACAUUACCAACAGGUUCGCUUUUGGGGUCAGUGGUCUUUGCGUGGGCGGCAAAGGAAACAUUCCGGAAUAUUCUCUCACCACGGGAGAUUUCCCCGCGACUUCCGAAGCCGAGUUCGACAGCUACUCUGUCCCUGGCGAUAUCAAGCUGGAGAAAAAGCCUAGAGCUCCGGCCACUUUGACCUUGUGGUACAGAAACGCCCUCCGUCAAUGCUGGGCCCUCGCCUGUAUCUUCGGGGUACAACAUUAUGGAGGAUGGGAGCGAGCCGCUAGCAGUCUCCUGCGGAUGGCAGAGGAGACUGCCCAUGCAUGGCCGCUCCAUCUCAUCAUUUCUACGUGGGAUGAGCUCUGGAGUCGGUUCAUGGAAGAAGUUCGGGACAUCGAACGCAAAGUUCGCCGAGAGAUGGGAGAGGAGGCUCCCUCCUUUGAGAGGUUAAAAUUCUUCUGCACCGCACCCGGUGUAGACGGGAAUCCCUGGUUGCGUCUCCCGCAGACCUUCGAAUUGGAAGACCCUCUCGAAUAUUUCCAGACCGAUGUUCUGCCCCGGCAGCGUCGGAUCUUGGAAAGAACCUGCUGGCAGCUCGCCCUCAAAGGGCCACAAGCGGGCCUCGCCGGGGGACGCGCCGGAGAGCAGGGCGACACGGGCCAGAGGACCGAUACGGUCCCGGGCCCCAAGGUCGGGGCAAACACGUCCGCGCCCGCGCUCCUCGGCAAACCUCUGAGCAACAAGGAGGUGCAGAGAUCUAUGGACCACAGGCCGAAGUGUCAGCGCACCGGCAAGUAUUUCUGUUGGGACGCCAUGUCGCGCCGAGGGUGCCAUGCCCAGUCUUGUUCACACUCGCACGAGAAGCCCAUUCCCGGGUGGAAUUCUCUUGAUUUCAGCGUCCAGAUGCAGCUUCUCCGGCGGGGUGGCCACCUUGGCCAGCCAAAGAUGUCUGGUGCAGCCGACGUUGAUAAAGCGGUGGCCGCCCUGCGCAAGGCUCAAGCCGACAAAGUAUCUGCUGCUGUCGCGGAAGGAAAGGCCGCAAAGGCCAAAGCCAAGGCCGCCGCCGCAGCAGCUAAGCCGGAUGGGCCCAACCCUCCUGAGCUCGGCAACUUCUUUGCUACAGACCUAGAGUCGGGCCUCGCAGAAGCCAUGGCCGGCAGUGCUUUGGACUGGACGGCCAACCACUCCUCUCCACCGCUUCGAACCGUCUCUCUCCAGCAGAGCACCGAAGCUACUCGAAAGCGGGAGGCCGACAUGGCUAGCGUGGAGUCUUCCGGCUUGGUCCCGGACGUCCCGCCUACGCUGGCCUGCUAUUUGCGCAACCGGUUGCUGCAUAUCCAAGGGCCACCUGGUCCCCAGCAUGUGCAGCAAGCGCUAGACGACGCCGUGCUCAAGGGCGCCCCGGAGCUCGCUGUCGAAGCGGAGGCUUUCCUUGCCAAGGUAGGCGACUCACAAGCCACGCGGGCCACUCUUACCCGCACCUCUUGGGUUGCAUCCAGCGAUGCCCCUGGGUCUGCCCAGCUUUCCUGGGGACCUUAUGCUUGGGACGUUCUGGACUACGGGGACACUCUGGCCGUCCCCGCGGAGCUGGAAGGUAUUUUGGAGCCUCGCGACGAGCCACACCCGGACUGUGAGCCGCGCCAGUGCCUACUGUUGCACGUGGCCGCUGCUUGCUUGUGGGCCCAAGCCCACGUUUCCCCCUCCUGGUCGGAGGUGCGAGCGGCUGCUGCGCCCUUGCGGGUGGAGCUCCAUGGCCUCGCUUGUCAGGCAGCCGAGGCUUUGUCUUUCGAGCCCGGCAGCAUGACACGAGCCGAGCGGGACCUUCGGGUCUUCAUCCAUGAUCUCCUGUAUCACGGUCACGACAAGGACUAUCGGUGUCUUGCCGCCUUCCCGCCCAGUGCAGCUUCUCACUUGGCCAUACAGGUUGUGCGACUGGAUUCAUGGAAGCGUCCCACUGUUGAGCGUUUGGCCGGCGCCUCCGCGCCACUCAACUCCCCUCCUUUGGUCUGGCUUCUGGUCCAUGAGGGUCAUAUGCGACUUUUGGUCCCCACUUCAGAUGCCAUGCCGGCUCCUGCUCGUAGCAUCACUAUGCACGGGUGGGAUGUGCACCUUGAAGCAGCGUCAGUUGCUGGCGCAGAGCUGGUCCCUCCGGCUAAGUGCCCCCGUUGCGAUGCGGAGGAGCUGCGGCGUACUGGUGUGUCUACCAGCGUCCUGGGCCUUUACCCUGUUGUGGUGCCGACCGAAAGAGCUGGAUCCGUUUGUUGGGAAAGCUCUCCUCCCUCAGGGCCGGCUGUCGACCCGCUGCCUGUCGUGCCGUUGGGGCGCGGUCAGGCCCCUUGGUCGGUUCUGGAGCUUGCUCUGGGGACCCCUUCGGCGCUGGCCGCCUCUGUUCCCCCCGACGCCUCGUGGGGCACUAUUGGUCUUGCCGCAGGGCAAGACCUUGCGGCGGCUGUUGUGCGGCAGGGUCUUCUCGCUACGCUCCGCGCCCAUCAGCCUCCCCUUUUGGUGGUGUCUGUCUUGUCACCGGAGCUCACGGCCGGCUAUCGUCUGCAGCCUGGCUGCUCGGGCCUUUCCUCCUCUCUUCUUUCUUUCGUCGCCCUUCUGCUGCAGGAACAACGAUCUCGGGCUGGAGACGUGCUCUUCCUUCAUCCUCUUACGGGCGCGGGCUGGCGCCAUGAGUCGAUCCUCACGGCGCUUCAGGGCUGUCCGCGUGUUCGCUUGCCACUGGCUUCGCCGGGGCGGGCUCCGCUACUGGUAGCUACUACGGCCUCCGCUGCCGCGGAGUCCUUGCGGACGGGCGGGACUUUGAGCACCGCCGCGAGGGUCGGUAGGGCAAAAGAGGAACCCGAGGGCUGCUUCGGCCCCGGAGACCUCCCGACACCCCUCCGUAAGGGGCCGCUGGCCCCCCCACUUGCCGACGCGGUCAGGUCCGCCGCGGCGGCCUACCUUGACGCGGUCGAGGAGGCUGCUCAGUUCUCCAAGGAAGGACUCCGAAGUGUAGCAGCGGCGGGGUCGCUGCUCCUUCGAGCGGCCGGCGGCUGGCAAGAAGCAAUGAGAGCCAUUAAGAGAACAUACAUCCAGCGCCACGGGGAUCAUUUCGACGGGUUACACGGACCCACGCUUGAUGGCUUGGUGCCUCCUCCCCUCCUCGAGAGAGCAAGACACGUGGCAGUGUGGGGAGUGGAGGCGCACGUGCCCCUGAAGGAAUCUUCGAGACUCAAGUGCGCACCCCACCCCAGCCUCAAGGCGCAUAUGGACGAGGCGGCCGCUCAGCUGUGGAAGGACGUUGUCAGGGGCCGGGUCCUGGUGUGCUACGACCAAGGGGAAGGUCUCGAUGGGGUUAUCUCUGUCCCCAUGGCGAGAGUGCCUAAAAUGAACCCUGACAGAACGGUUUCAGACAAAGGCAGGGUCGUGUGGGACGCUACCCCGGUGAAUCGGUUCUGCUCCAAGGAGGAUUUUCCGCCAGCCUUGCAACCUAAACACAGAGAGGUUGCCAGGGUUAUCCUCUACUGGGGGCUCAAGUUCCCCGGCGUCCCGAUUCUUCUGAGUAAAAAGGACGUCUCGGACGCCUUCAAGUGGCUCCCAGUCGCUCUGGAAGACACGAAGUUCUUUGCCGCUAGUUACGUUGAGGCCGACCAUGACGCUACACUCCUCUACGGGUACAUGACCUUUGGAUGGAGAGGCGCACCAGGCGAAUACAUGGGAUUUGCUUGGGUGCUCAAGGCAGGCCAUGAGGCGCACGGUCCCUCCAAUGGGCGGUGGGAGGCCUCCGACGUUGCCUUUCACUCCUUUGUCUUGAUGGACGAUACUGUCCUGGUGGAACCGGACAUCGGGCUUCGACCUUGGGUUUCAGUCGAGGUCGCGGAGCAAAUGACCCGCGCCGCUCUUGGCCCGCGGGCCAUUAACCCGGAAAAGGACGCUGUCGAAGGGGCGUUGGAGACGAGGAAGCUCAUUUGGGGAUUGACGUACGACACCGGGCGUGGAACGGUCAGUUUGCCAAUCGUUAAGAUUGAAAAAGCGUACCACCUCCUCCAUCUACCCCAAUUCGACCAUGGAAAUCGCGUCGUUCCGUUGCGCCUGGUCCAGGAAUUGCGGGGGAAUCAACAGUUUUGGCUGGCUGUCUUCCCCAGUCUGGCACCUUAUUUAGGGGCCACCAACGAUUUGUUAGGGCCGCCCGACGACGCGGGAAAUGCUCGCCCCAAGGGGCCUGACACCGAAGCCACCUGGCAGCGAUUCUGGGAAGCGAUAGAGCUACAGCGGGUCUUGGUUGACUCUCAGGGAACCUGGGAAGCGCGGUUCUCGCACUCCCUCCUCGGGGCUCUGACCCUUCCGGAGUAUCUGUCUUUCCCGGGCUUGCAGGAUCAGGUUGUUUGGGCCUCGGGGGACGCUACCACACAGGUGGUGGGGGCCAUCGACUGGGAGGCCAGGGUCGCUGUUGUGGAGCCCGUCAAAGACCUCUGGGCAGCUCUGCGGGAGUUCCUCUCUUCAUCCUACCUCGAGAGAGAAGAUUUGGAGAAGUCCGAGGGCCGCUUCGGCCCCGGGCGUGCCACAGGCUCCUCUUCGCAGGAAGGGGACGAGGGGAGUUUCUCUCCCGGCCCCGCGUCAGAAGAAGGCGAGGAAGAUGUGAUGAUCUCGCUGGCUGAGUUGCUGGCGGUCCUUUGUUUGGUCGCCGCCCGUUGGCGGGCCUGGUCUGGGAAGGUAGUAGUUUACGCGGGAGACAACCAGAACGUUGUCCGUUGGAUCGCCGCGCGAGAAGCCAGCCCACCUGCGGCCCGCUUCCUCCUUCAGAUCCUGGGCGCGGCGGAAGCAGUGGGACAUUUUCGGCUUUACGCUGAAUACAUCAGGACCUACCACAAUGUGGUGGCGGACGAUCUGACUCGUAAGAACGUUCCGGACGUGCUCCGUGAGAACAAUCUCAAGCGGAUAGAGGGUAGAGGCACCAUGGUUGAGCUUCUCGACCGCUCCUGGGCGAACCGCGCCCUGCUGUGGGCGACUAUGGAAGAUGAUGACCGGGGCAUCGCCCUUCAGCUCUGCCUCAGGCGCUCCCCUCCUGGGCCCCCCACUUCUGUGACGGGUCCCCUUCCUUUGAGAAUCCACGAGAUGGCCCUCGGCCCGCCGGUUUACACCCGCGAGCUCACUAAAGAAGGGGCUGUGUGCACCCAUCAGCAGCGCCUAGGGACGGAGUGGUCGGGACCCACCGCGCCGACGGCGCCAGCAGGAAAACCCGAUGUGCUUUGUUGGUCCUUAGGUAGAGGUGGUUCCCAGGUUCCCCUUGCUGACGUCCUCCGCUUUGAUCCUGAGUGCAUUGUGGUUGAUUCCCUUCAGAGUACAGGGUUGAAAAGCUUGAGGAAAGGGCUUGGGGAUGGUUGGUUUUCUCAGCUGGAUUUGUUUAGCGGGAGGUCGUUCGGGGAUCAGGUUUGGUGGAGGAGGUGGGCUUUGGUUGCCGUCAGAAAGGACGGGUCCCGUAAGCACCCUCCCAAACUUAGCCCCGACGAGGAGCCUGUUACGCUCCCGUUGGCCCGCUACAACCUUGAGUGGAGAGCCCCCGACUCUAAAGCCCCACCCGAAACCUGGAAGCCUGGACCCCUGAAGCUGGACUCCUCGCUUCCCUACCUUAGGAACGCUACCCCUAAGCCCUCAGGUAGGUUAGGGGAAAGCCUCGUUUGGGACCCCACCAAGCCUCUCCCUGCCUUGCACGACGGUUCUUGGGACCCCUCUAGCCCCCAGCCCCUGUUGCUUUUAGGCUCAAACCCCCAGGGUGUAGGGGUUAGGACCUUGCUGCCUGAAGAAGCUUGUAGUCUCUUGGGCGGCCGUCGGGAGUUGCUCCCGCGCCUCGACCCACAGGAAGCAGCGAAGCAGCUGCUGGAGGCGACACCUCCAUCCUUCGCCCAAGGCAUCGGGCGCUGGCUCAGGUCGCUUGGGUCCGAGGACUGUUUCAGUCCCGGACCCGAGGAGGCCUUAGGUCACCGAGCCGGUGUCUGUUCCCUUCCUUGGGAAGAGCAUACGCGCCGGGCCCUGAUGGCCUGGAUGGAAGAGCGCGACAGCUCUUGGAGAACCCGCGUCGGAGGCGACAGCAAGGGAGUGCGCGGUGCGGACGGAGGCAACUUGAUCUCCGAGGAGGGCUGGGUGCCGGUCACCUCGCUGGUGUCGGCCCUGCGUCAGGAGCCGGCCGCCACAGAGCUCGAGAUCGACCUGGCGCUCUUGCAGCGUUUGGAACACACGAACUCGAAAUCCAGGUUCGUGCUCAGACAGGCCGACCCGCUCCCAGGAGAGGAUGAAGGAGCUUGGUAUGCAGCCGCAUGGGCUGGGCAUACCCUGUCAGGGGUGGUCGGCCCUGGUGCCAUUGCCACCCCGCCUCCGAUCCUUCUCCACGGCACAUACCGGUCCAAGGUACCCCCGAUUCAACUGAACGGGCUCCUCCCGCUACGCAGGGCUUUGCACCUGCAAGAUCCGUCCUGCAAGUCUGGCAGGUGGCGAUCCGACCUCGAAGUCGCAGUGACAGUGGACGCCGUCAAGGCUGCCCAGGCGGGCUGUAUCUUCAGGCUCACGGGCAACGGAAUCUGGUUGACCAGCCAACCAAUUCCGACGAGCGCUAUCCUCUCUUAUGCACCGUGGACCGCGAAGGUUGAAGCCCACUCUAAGGGGCUCUGGCAAGGGUCCGAGCAGAGACUUCGGGAGGAGACCCAAGGGGAGGCCGAGGGGCGUUUCGCCCCCGGCCAACCCGAGGGAACUCCCAAGGGGUCUUCGAGCAGUCAAGAGGGUCAGCCCCCGGGAAAGGAAAGCAGAGAAGACGACCCUUCUCGGGACACCAAAGGGGAGGCGACGCAAGGCCCCCGCCUAGACCUUAAGGCCUACCAAGGAGGGAGACCCUCCCCUAAGGAGCCGACACUCCUCAAAGAUGUGGCAGCAGCCGCGGUCGCCUUGGGCGCGACUCUCGAGGACGGGCAAGAGGUUAUUGUCGAUGCUGACACGUGGCAGGUAGCAGUGCCGGAGGCCCCCGAGUUCGAAGCAGACGUAGACUUCGGGCGGUCGACCUCCGAGUCGGGCUCAGAGGAGGCCACCGCCAAUGCCGCUGAGGUGGCGCACACCUACAGCGGCGAAUGGUCGACGCCGGACGGCCUCAAGUGCCUGUUGUGCAACGCCUGGAUAGACGGGGGUCACCUCAUGACUCCUAUCCACAACCGGCGCAUGCGAUGGCACCUGAAAGAGCGAGCGCGGCAGAACGCUGCGGCGCUGUCGACACAGCUCAAGGACCUCACGCUGGAAACUCCAGCGAAGAAGCAGCGGCAGCAGAGCGCCCCGCCUGCGGCGGCAGAGCCGAGCUCAACAAGGGCAGGGGACAGUGGUCCAAAGCUCCCCCUGCUUUUGGUCCUCCUGACGCUCCAAGGAGUGAACCCCCACUGGAGCCCGAAGAGCGGGGUUCCUCCAGAGCCGGAAACCGAGGAACGAGGUUUGGGGGAGGGGGGGCUAGGCGCAGCCCCGCCAAGGGCCGGAUCUGCGCGCGGAUCAACAGAGAGCCUGCCAGCGACGGGCAACCAGGAGCGUCAAGGAGAAGCCGAAAGGGGCACCGAGGACCGUUUCGGUCCCGGUGCCCCCGAAGCCGUCCCUCCGGGUGGCUCGGGUGCGCCCAGCGAUCGGGCACCGUCAGCGACGGGCAACCAGGAGCGUCAAGGAGAAGCCGAAAGGGGCACCGAGGACCGUUUCGGUCCCGGUGCCCCCGAAGCCGUCCCUCCGGAUAGCUCGGGUGCGCCCAGCGAGCGGGCACCGUCCUUCGAGGAACAAAUGGCAGCGCUCGACGAGGAGGAAAGGAUCCUCCUGCUUGAAGCAGGAGGUGGCCUCCCUUCAGAAAGCUCGUCUGCGAGUCGGCCCCUUGUGCCACGGACGGGCAUCCGACUUACUGCUCCCAAGGUCGGCCUGCUCAGGGCGAUCUCAGACGCGGACACACGGAACUGGAAGUCGUUGUCUGCGGCCCUCAAGGAGGCAGCUGGAGAGGGAGGCACCAAGGCGCAGCUUCUCCUUGACCUGGAACGCUUAGCGACCCAGCGUGGGGACGCCUCUCGAGAAGUCAAAGGACUCUUGGAAGAAAAGGUGCGUAACCUUAAAGCCUUGGAGACGUCGGAUGCCGCAUACCUCAAGGAGCUCGACAGUCAGGGCGAGGCGAUGCGAGAGUUGGAAAGACAGAACCCUGUCAGACCUUCUCUCGCCUCAAAACCCCUCAGCUCCGAUCGCCUCACGGCAGCUAUCAAAGCCGGCACUCCCAUCUGGGUCGCGCGAAAGCAGGAAAAGGGGAGACUCCGCGCUCAAGAACACAGGGCCCGCAUCGAGGCGGAGGCGGCCAGGGAGAGGGCGGAGCGCCCGCCAGGGGCAGAACCCACGCCGACAGGCGAAGCGCUGGAUGAGAGAAUGAAGGAGGCAGCUCGCCUUGAGUUGCGGGAGUUUCGUGCCCUUCUUGCGCAGGAAGGCACGCGCCAGGCGAAGCGUCCCCCGGACUCCACUCGCCGGCGAAAGCUCAAAAAGAAGCAACGAAAGGAGAGGCUCCGCGAGAAGGCCCGCAACGAUGAUGCGGAUCGAGACACCAACCACGCAAUCGCGCAUGCCCGGGACCGGACGAGGAACUCAGAGCAGACACUCCCGAGGUCCGAGGGCCGUUUCGGCCCCGGACGCUCGGAGGGGGGAGCUCUUACUCCUUUUAUGGGGGGAAGCGCGCGAGGCGUGGCGGGGCUAGGAGAAAGCGGAAGAGCCGAGGCCUACCUCUGGGAGACGGGCCUCUUCGAGGGCUUCCUUCUGGGCGUCGUGGCCUGCCUUUGGGCCCAGUUCUGCUGGCGUCGCGCCAGAGGCGGGAGUUAUGGGGCAGCUGGCCAGGAGGAGGAUCGGAAACACGACGAUCUGCUGCACACCGCGCGGAAACCAUAUGGGGGCAAGGUGGAAGUGAAGUUCCUUCGCGAUGAAGCAGUGUUUCACGCUCCAAGCUGCAACUUGGUUCGACCGCUUCACAAAGCGGCGCAACCAUGUCGCGAUUGUGGACCCGAGGCGCGCUGGGGGUACCUGGCCGACCUCGGGCCUCGCAACCACGAUAAUGCCACUCGAGACACUAAUCACGCCUAUGCGCAUCUCAUGCUCAUAGGCGUGACCUUCUUCCUCCUGGGACUCCUGGGAAGCUGCCUUUGGGGGCAGCCGGGCUUCCCGGGAGUCACUCAUAAAGCACCGGAGCAAGGAGGGUCCGAGGAAUGUUUCAUUCCCGGACCUCUCCUUACUCAGUGCGAAAAUGAGCGUGAGGAUGAGGCUCGAUGUGGGGCUAAGGCGCAGCGCAGGGUCACCUUCCAAAAGAUGGAAGAAGAACCCUCCUACGAGGAACUGGCCGGUCCGGUCAAGAACAAGAAGGAACCACCUUUCCUCGGAGGGCCCUCUUCCGCGAAAAGGCUGUACGGCUCCAAGCCUCCCCAGCUGGCUCUACCUUUGGCCACGCGUGAGGCCUUUGAGGCAGAAGCUCUCCGAGUCGCCAUGGACCGCCUUACCACCACCACACAGAAGGCCUACCAAGGGCAGUUAAAGUGGUGGCGCCUCUUUUGCCUCCGCAGAGGCAUCCCCUGGUUGCUCAGCGGCAGCGAGCCCAGCGAGGAGGAGACUCACCUGCUGGACUUCCUCCUCCACACGGCCAUCAACGGGGCGAGAGCACCAGGAACCCUUAAAAUGAGGCUGGCGGCCAUCAAAUCGGCUCACGUCUCCCUCGGGCUUAAAGACCCACUGGAGGGGAAACCGCGACUGCUUCUUGUCCUCGCGGGGUUCAAGAAGAGGUAUGCAACGCCAACUCGGAGGCUACCGGUGACUCCCACGAUGCUUGCGUACCUCUUCACCCAACUUUGGGAAAAUGCCCCGCACGAAGCACCCGGUCUUUGGCUCGCGCUGUGCCUGGGUUACUUCUUCCUCCUGAGGGCCUCCGAGUUCCUCCCUGUCCCUUACCUUCCUGACUCCAGACACCUUAAGGGUACAGAUUUGAGACUGAGGAAGGGUGGACAGGAGUGCGAUCUAAAGGAUCUUCACUCUGCGGACGAGGUCGUGAUCACCCUUCGGGGGAGUAAGACGGACAAGUUCAAUCGUGGGACUACUCGAAAUCAUUUUCGAGGAGUCCCACCACUGUGUCCCGUGGAUGCAGCGAUCCGCUUCUUCUCGACCUUCCCAGCACGCCAUGGCAAUGGAGAAGAAUCCGGUGAGCCUCUCCUUAGAGGAGUCACCCGCGAAUGCCUCCAGAUGCUCAUCGCUAAGGCAGCAGAACACCAAGGCAUGCAGGGAGCGACAGGAGCUCAUUCCCUGAGAUUUGGCGGCGCGUCCGCCAUCUGGGCGGCUUAUCAAAACUCGGCCCAGUUGCAGCGUUUCGGGCGGUGGGCGAGUGACGUGUAUCACGGCUAUAUUUGGGAUGCCCGUGCGUCGUCCAAAGGGGUAGCCAAGGCAAUGGCCGAGGUGGACCUCAUACCCCCUUGA